UUCUGAUGUGCGCUCGGGGUUGGUCGAUGUUCUCUGUGCAGUCAAACGGCCUUACCAAUCGAUUGUGUAACGUAAUGGGUUUCAAAUUGAAUGUACCGCGAACUACCUCACACCAGUUUCUACAAUCGUGUCAACUUCGAUAGAACGAAGGGUAUCUCAAAUAUAAAUUGUGCAUGCCGCAUGGUUUUAAGCAUGUCGACAAAGAAAUUGGCUAAAGAAUUGGGAUUACUGAGGAAGCGUCGCCAGGCCACCGAAAAUAAGGCAUUUAUUGUCUGUAAUCAAAUAUUCUCAUACUUGAUUGUGAUUGACUUUGAGUCCACGUGCUGGAGAGAGAAAAACAAUUAUGGCCAAGAAAUAAUUGAGUUUCCUGCUGUUCUACUCAACACGUCCACGGGGGAAAUAGACUCCGAGUUCCAUACCUACGUCCAGCCACAGGAGCAUCCAGUUCUCUCUGAAUUCUGCACUGAGUUGACUGGCAUUACACAGAGGCAGGUGGAAGAAGGGAUUCCCCUCCACAUCUGUCUCUCUCGGUUCAGUCGCUGGUUACAGACCCUGCAGCUUCAGAAAGGGUUGACCUUACCAGGGGAACGAUCAUCAUCCACUUCUUCAGCCUUUCAAAAGCCUUGUGCCUUUGUCACAUGGUCCGACUGGGACCUUGCCGUGUGCCUGCAGUAUGAGUGUAAGCGCAAGCAGCUCCACAAACCUGAUGUGCUUAACAGCUGGAUCGACCUCCGAGCCACCUACAGACUUUUUUACAGUAGAAAACCCAAAGGGCUGAAUGGGGCGUUACAAGAUUUAGGGAUCCAGUUUUCCGGACGAGAGCAUUCUGGUCUGGAUGAUUCCCGUAAUACUGCUCAGCUGGCAUUGAGGAUGAUGAGGGAUGGCUGUGUGAUGAAGCUCACCAGAACGCAGGAGAGGGCGCCAAUGAAGCCCAAGCCCCUGUUCGGAAAUGCACCCGUAGAAAACAAGGAAAGUAAAGAAAACAUGGCUCCAGAUGAAAAGACGCUGUCCAGCGAAGAAACAUCGGCAAAGAGAUCACUUCAGAUAAAAACGUGUUCAAAGACCAAUGUUCCACUUUCGGACACAAAGAGAAACGGAAACUCAAUACAGGAACCUUUUCAAGAAUAUAAAAGCCUGGUCUCUCCCAGGACCCUGCUGAAUGGUACAACGACACCUCUGCUGGGGAAGGGCACUGUGGCGGGUAAAAAGACGACCAUGGACCUUUUCUCUCCAGUCCUGGUAAAUGCUCCUUCACGCCGGGACAAUAGCCACAGCCUUGUUCUCUGCUCCACCACUGUGGGAUCCAUAUCACACCUGCCGCAGGUCUGUCCGACCUUUGAACCCCAGACAGCGAUGCUGGAACACACAAAGGACGGCACGGAGACGGAUAUCUCGGUGGACACGGAGGAGUGGCACGGAUGUUAUGACUACGAGGUGUUGGAUGGGGAUGAUGGUGUCAAUGCCGAUUUGUAUGAAUCACUUGAUGCAAACGACAAUAGCGGGGAGAGUUCUUUGUCAAAAUAUGUAAAUUCCUCCAUCCUCAUACCUCAUCAGAUCAAUGUAAUUGCAAAGAACAAGACAGUUUUUGUUAACAAAAACGGAAACGGCCCGAAAUUAGAAGCUAGUUCCUUAUCUAAUAACAUUAAGCCAUCUUCUUUGGUCUGUGUAAAUGAAAUAAGACAGCUCCCUCAUGCCUCAUUGGCAAAUAGAUCAGCUCUAAGAUCAAAUUCAAUAACAUCUAAUCAACCUAAAGUUGUUUCCAGUAAUGUUCGUUUACAUGUUCAAGAUAACUCAAAGGCUCCUCAGAAUAAAUCAAGAACAGGGAACUCGUCCUCACUCAUCACACACAAGGUCAAUGUCCAAGAGAGGACUUUGGAAUCCUACUUGUUGACAAAGCCCACACCAGUCAUCAUUCAGCACCAUGCAACCAGACCAUGCUCCAAGAAACCCAAUGGAAAGGAGGCGGGCUCUUUUAUCUAUAGCGACACAGCAGAAAAUCCCCGUCCUACCUCCGCUCAUUCUCUCCGCACCCCACAGAGUGCCAUCCCCUCUAUCUCAAGCAACCCCAUGUCCAGUCGAUCUUGCCCGUUGACAACCACACGUUCAUCCCUCCAACAUCCAUCCAGACCAUGGCCGCCCAGGAUCACUGCUCCGCUGUGCGGAUGUGGACGCCGGGCGAAACGGCAGACCGUGUGCAAUGGCGGUCCCAAUCAAGGACUUGGAUUCUACUGCUGUCCAGUGCGCCGGUCGGGCUCCGGGAAUAUGAUUCAGAACGGCUGCAAGUUCUUUAAGUGGGAGUCCGCGCUGAUUAAGGACCACUCACCGGCCAAUUCAUGUGUCCAGUCUUCGAUUUCUCUGCAUGUUCUUCGUCGUCCGCAACUGUCGUCAACCUCAAGGAAGAGCUACUAACUUACUUGGAAAAUGUAAUAUUCAUUUAAUGAACUAAAGUAAAAAAAAAAAAAAAAAAAGGUUAAAUGGUAUGAUGCAAAGGAAUGAUUUGUUUACCAAAUAAAGGUGUAACGAGUUGCUGUUACGAUAAGAAUUAUGUAAACGAAAUAUAAUUUAUUCAAUUAGUUUAAAUAUUGUUACUUUUGAUACAUUCACAAAAAUAAUAGACCAAAUAUUGUCCGUUUUAUUUCCCUUUUACAAUGCUUUUCAUGUGUAUAAAUAAAUAAAUUAUUUUUAAUACA